CCGGCCCGCCGAGCGCCCGCGGCGGCUGAGUCAGGCGGAGGGAGCGAGCCCGUUACCGUGGGCGCCGGGGCCCCGGGCGGCGCUGUGGUUUCGGUGCCGGCCGCAGCAGCCUAAUGAGCGCUCCGCACGCAUCCGCGCCGGCGGCCCGCCCGGCGCCCCACCUCUGCUCGCCCGCGCUCCCGCCCGCAGGGUACUUAGCUGCCCGCACCGGCUACACCCCCUAAAGCUCUCGGUUUCGUCUUGGGACCCGGUGCGUGGUCCCAGACACCUGCGCGCCGGACCAUGGGUCCCCUGAGCCGGGAAGCCUGGGCCCAGCGUCUGGCGGCCUUCCGGGCCAGCCCAUCUGCCUUCAUGACAGGGCCCAAGGGUGAGGAUUUGGGUCGCGACCUUCUGAACGACCUGAGGAGUGAGAAGCUGAGUGAACAGACCAAGGUGUCCUUGCUGGUCCUGACCUUGGAGUACCCAGUCCAGCUGUGGCCUGACGCUCCUGCCGCCGAGGUGGCCGCAACCUCCCUGUUGGAUACCCUAGUCCUUCUACCCCCACGGCCCUCAGCUCUCCGGAGGCUCUUGCUGCUGGCAGCCACCACGGCCCUGGCGGCAGGAGGCGCCCUGGGCCCGACCUCGGGCGCCUCCUGCCGGCUCCUUCCCUUGCUGCUUGGCUUGGCCUCGGGCAGCAAUCUGGAACCAGGCUUUGGCCCCACCUCUGAACAGCGCCCCCUACAGGCUACGGCGUGUGAGUGCCUACGAGAGCUGGAGAGCUGUAAGCCAGGCCUGUUGGGGGGCACCCUGGGGCUUCUGCGGGGCCUGCUGGGGCAGGCGGGCCCUGUUCAGCCCCUCAGCCUGCUGCUGGCACUUGCUCUGCGCAACAUCUUAGUGGUACAGUCCAGGGCUGGGGCUGGCCUGCAGGGCCUGCUCAUGGCUGGGGUGUCCCCCAUUAAGGGUGGUCUCUGGGACUGGACACUUGUUGAAGAGGGAGAUACCCACAUUCAGCCCCAAGCACCCAGCUGGCAGGCAGCUGAGGAGGGGAAGCAUGGCCUUGCAGCUCGAGAACCCCACCUUGAGGAGGCUCGGGAGGUGCGGGCCGCUGUGGCCCAACUGCUGGAUAUCACCUAUCUGCUUACUCCUGUGGCCCAAGCCCAGCUUCUCUGGUUGCUGGGCUGGGCCCUACGGGGUCUGCAAGGACAGCCACCAGCACUCUUCAAGCCGCAGCUAGUACGGCUGCUGGGCACAGCACAGAUGACGCUCUUGCACGCUGUUCUUGCUCUCAAGGCUGCCUUUGGUGAGGCGCUGUUCACAGCCCAAGAUGAGGCCUUGCUGCUCCGGAGGCUCACUCUGGCAGCCCAGCACCCAGCCCUGCCCCCGCCCACCCAUCUCUUUUACCUGCACUGCCUCCUGAACUUCCCUGAGAACUGCCCACUGGGUCCAGAAGGUGAGGAGGCUGCCCCACUGCUGCUAAGGCCCCAGAUGUGCCGUGGUCUCCUGCCCAGUCUCCUGCACGACCCAAUGGCCCUCCUGGCCCGCCUGCAUUUGCUGUGCCUAUUCUGUGCUGAAGAGGAGGAAGAAGAGAAAGACCAGGUUCAGAGCCUACAGCACUCCUUGGAGGAGCUGCUGGCCGGUUUGCAGCAAAGGGCAGCUCUGGAGGGGGGCCCACGGGCUUUGGCAGUUCUCUGCUUCCAGGCCUCAUACCUGGUUGCCCACUGCCUGGCAAGGCAACCUACAGUGUUGACACCCUUGAUACAUGGACUGGCCCAGCUAUACCAAGCCCGGCCUGUGCUAGCUCCCCACUUUGUAGACCUCUUGGGUCAGGUGCGCCCUGAACUGGGAGAGCCUCUGAGGGUGUUGUUGCGACAGGAGGUAGUGUCCAGGCCUGGCAGGGAUGAGGCUCUUCGCUGGCACCUGCAAAUACUGGCAAAGGUGGCAAAUGGGAGUGACCAGUGUGCCACUCUGAGUUUUCUACAGGCUGCAGCUGGGCAUUGCACAGGAUGGGACCUACAGCAGGCCCUGCUACGGGUCUGCCGGGCUCUGCUACAAGCAGGUGGUGGGGAUGGCCUGGCAGACUUGUUGCAGGUGUUGGCUAGGCAGCUGGAGGACCCUGAUGGGCGGGACCAUGCCCGCCUCUAUUACAUCCUUCUGGCCCACCUGGCACGGCCUAAACUGGGAGUAGCCCUGGCCCCCUCGCUUGCUGUACCUGCACUAACCUCUUCCCUGGUGGCCGAGAACCAGGGCUUUGCAGCAGCACUGAUGGUGCAAGAGGCCCCAGCUCCGAUGCGGCUGAGUGUGGGGUCCCGAGAGAUCAAGGGCCCACUCCCAGUGCUACAGCUCCAGGUGGAGGUACUGGAGCCCGUCUACUCCCUAGAGCUGCGCUUUCGUGUGGAAGGACAGAUCUAUGCACCUUUGGAAGCUAUCCACGUGCCCUGCCUGUGCCCCAACCGCCCUGUCCGCCCUCUGCUCCUGCCAUUGCAGCCCCGACGCCCAGCCCCCGCACAACUGGAUGUCCAUGCCCUUUACACCACAUCCACUGGUCUCACAUGCCAUGCCCACCUGCCACCCCUGUCUGUGAAUUUUGCUGACCUCUUUCUGCCCUUCCCCCAGCCCCCAGAGGGGGCCAGGCCAGGUUUCUUUGAGGAGCUGUGGGAUUCCUGCCUGCCAAAGGGCACUGAGAGUCGUGUGUGGUGCCCACUUGGGCCACAAGGGCUGGAGCCCUUGGUGUCCCACCACCUGAGGCCUUUUGUGGUAGUGGCCCAGCCCCCCACCAGCUACUGCAUAGCCAUCCGCCUGCCCCCAGACUCAAGGCUACUGAUGCGGCUGGAGGGGGCCCAGGGAGACGGAGCACCUGUGGUCUUGCGGACUGAUGACUGGGCCGUGCUGCCUCUGGUGGGAAACUACCUCCGUGGGCUGUCAGCUGCUGUCUGAAUCCAGAGGCCAGCUGGGGGCAAGGCUAUGGCCCUUGUGGGGACUUACCUAUGAGGGGCUAAUAAAGCUAGAAGAGUUACACCCUCAUGUAGCUGUUCUCCCAAAGAUUCUACAUUCA